UCACUGUGUUCAUGCUUUACAGAUUCUUCAGGUGAUCCCAGUUUACAGCGAUCAGUUUCUGUUGCAACUGGACUGAACAUGAUGAAAAAGCAGAAAGUAAAAACUAUUUUCCCACACACUGCUGGCACUAACCACACCUUGCUCAGCUUCGCAGAGGGAGAUGUCAUCACACUGCUCAUCUUUGAGGAGAAGGACGGCUGGUUGUAUGGAGAGCAUGAUGACACUAAAGUAAGGGGUUGGUUCCCAUCAUCAUAUACAAAGUUGCUGGAAGAAAAUGCAAAGGAGAUUGUGAGUGUGCCCAAGCCAAGCCCUGCGCCUGUGAGAAGCAUCAGCACAGUGGACUUAUCUGAGAAGAGCAGUGUUGUCAUCCCCCCACCAGAUUACUUGGAGUGUUUGUCCUCAGAAGCAGCUGCAGAUAAAAGAGUAGAUGUUUCCAAAAGUACUUCUACCUUUAAACCUCCGGCAUCCAAACCAGAAACCACAUCUCCUAAUGAAGCAAAUGGGGUCGCAAAGCCUCCUUUCCUCAGUGGAGAAAACCCCUUCGCUACUGUGAAACUCCGGCCAACGGUGACAAACGAUCGAUCGGCACCGAUCAUUCGAUGAGGCGGCGGCGGUGGAAUUCUUCUGGCUCCUCUAAUGUUAAGUUCUCACUUGCAAAAUGAUAGGUAUAUAUUGUUAUGUGCUCUAACUGCUGUAAAGCUUCACCAGCGGGUGCCUGAUUUUAAAUGUAUUCUAUUUGAGCAAAUCAAUGCAUUUUCUCAAUUCGAUGUAGCUGGAUAUAUGCAUUUGUCUGGAAAAAGAUAGUUUAGAAUCUACUCAAUCAUUUAAAAUCUUUUCUUCCCAGGCUGUUCAAAAAACAGUAAAUUUUGCUCCAGUCCUCGCUGUAUCAUUUUUUUAAAUAUUCUGAUUAUUUUUUUUAAUAGCCAGGAUAAGGGCUAGCCCAUGCUUUCAGGCUGGCUUUCUGCACCUGGCCAGUUUUCCAAAGCAUGUGCUCAUAAGUAGCAUUAUGUUUCUCUAAAGAAAAUAGUGUAAAUUUGCAUCUGAGCAUGCAGGUCAUAAUUUUAAGCAAUAUAAAUUAUAAGAGUAUUGUAUGAAAUUUAACUUAAAAUUUUUUAAAUCCGUUUAAUCAGAUGUAGAGCUACCCCAGAUGGGAAAAAUCGCAACUUUUCUGCAACCUAGACAUAGCUGUAGAGUGGUAAGACAUUUUGCCUAUUCCUGUUACCACCAUGAAAUUUAGUACUUGAAUAAUUCCUGAGAGCUACUGAACGUGGCAGUUAUGAGUUACCAAAUAGGCUGAGAAGAUCCCGGGACAUGCCCACGUGGGCGGGCUCACAGGGCCGCCCCCUUGGACCCGAGGCACU